GGACAUGACUGACUGUUAGAAGUUUCAUCUUAUAUUUACCACAUGACGCUGUAGUUCGACGCCUACGACGCUACUUCAAGCACCGCGACGUAUAAUUCGCCAGUUAUCUCAGCGAUCUUGUGAAAAAGCGGCGACGAAAUAUUCAGCUAGUUUAUAUUCGAAACUUAACAUGGCGACUCACCCAAGACUGGUCAACAAACAGUUCAAUUCUCCAAUUGGUUUAUAUUCAGCACAAAAUGUCCAGGAGGUUUUGGAAAGGGAAACACAAAUUUUGGCGAAUGGUGCAGUAGGUAUCAAUUUUCAUAAUCCAGCCGUUGGAAAACCUGCAAAUUUACAAAAAUCUGCGGUUCUGAGGAUGCUGGAGGAAGAAGAAAGUAGGCAAAGAAACGGUUUCGAACCAAGUAACCGUGAAUCGAGAUCUCUUCAAGAAAAUCUUACAUGGCCCCCUCCAGGAUACGAGUACAAAAACAAACUCAGGACGACAUUUAAAGACGUCGUUGUACCAGGUUCAAAGAGAGUAGCUUGGCCACCACCAAACGAAUCAGGACCAGAUAGUCCAUACGUGGAACAGAAUUCAGUUUCAGCAAAGGGUGGACCUCAAUACCCCUCUCAGUCACCUGGCUUACAGCAGAAUAACUACCAACCCGCCCAGCAACGGCAGGUUUCCCCUAACCCGAUACACCAUCGCUCACCGCUGAAGCCCCUCGACGUUUCGGCAGGUGGUUCAUCGCCAUUGGCCUCUCCCCAACUCAGCCAGGGCCCUCAGGGUUACAGACCCUCCACUCCCAGCAAAGGCUGGGCGCCCGUUCAUUCUCCCGUUUCCACUCCCACCCAACCGUCUUGGCAGGCUCCCUCGAGUCAGGCUGCGAAAUUUCAGGCUGCUCAUCAACCCGUUUCCCAACCAGUUUACCUAGGCCAGCAAUACCAGACCUCUCCCCAACCGUACAAGCCUGUUCCAAAUCAAUAUCAAUCCUCCCAGCAGUACCAGUCUCCUCCAAAGCAAUUUCAAGCUCCCCAGUAUCCUUCAAAACCAGAAGUUGCUCUAUCUCAGGUAACCAAACCAGUAGAACCACCACCAUCAACAAUCACACUCCGCUCGGCAGCUCCUGUGAGCCAGGCUUCUCCACCAGUUUUCAAUUCUCAACCAGCCACGGCGACCCUAAAAGGUGGAAAGCAUCUGCGCGGAGACCUGAAAUGGCCUCCAGAAAAUGUGAAAAGUCAAGCAGAAGAGGAAAACAGGUUACGUCUAGAAUUGGCCAAAGGUCCCGUUUUUAGGCCAAAGAGGCCCAAUAAGGAUUACACAUCAUUUUUUGCACAACAUGCGCUCAAUUCGACGUAUCCUGGAUACAAAAUUCCUCCGGGAACCCAAUUCGUUAGGCCGGAGUGAAACAAAAUUAACGUCAAGUUUUCAAUAUGAAAAUAGAUUUAAAAUCAUAAACAGAUCUUUGACAUUUCUGGCAACCUUGUAUAUAGGUGAAGUUUCUCUUUUUUUAUUUUGUCACUGUGUAAAUAUAUACUUAAUUAUUAUUUUAUUCAUGUCAAUGUAUAAAUGAAUUGGAAGAAUUUGGAGAGUCUUAGAUUGGCUUCUUGGUUAAAGUCUAGUACGCUUGGUACAGAUUGUUCAAACGUUAUUACUAAUAGCUCCAAAAGCUUCCAUCAUCAGCAUUGUACUGCAGAGAGGCUUAUUUUAUUUGAAUUAGAUUUAAGAUGCUACGUUUGUGAUAAUAUGCUGAACUGAUUCAAAGCGAAACUAACAAAAAAUAAAGUGAAUUUUCAAUAAUGAUGUUUGAAAAGUGAAAACUCAUCAUUUACACUUACAAUUAAAACACUUUUUCUGAUAAUUAUAUAAAAACUUAGAAAAUUACUUCAUAUUGUAUAGACAACCCUGAAAAAUUAUAAGCCGCUAACCGAUAAUUAUCGGAAACGAUACGACAGCAUGAAAUGAUUGUUUUGGAAAUAAUGUAAUAUAUUUGUACCAUGUACGGCAGCAAUAAAUAAAUAUGUGUGUUUGA